AUGGCGAAACCGUACGAGUUCAACUGGCAGAGGCCUGUUCCUCAGUUCAUGCAGAAAGGAGCGCAUUUUGACAGAUUUGAUGAGGAUCCUUUUGUCUUUGAAUCAAACUGUUUCUUCAAAGUAGACGAGUUUGGAUUCUUCCUGACAUGGAAAAGCGAAGGAAAGGAGGGUCAAGUAUUGGAGUUUUCGCUGAUCAACAGUAUACGUGAUGCCAGUGCACUAAAGGACCCAAAAGUUCUCUGUGCACUGGAGGCUUCAGGAAAGUGUGAAAGUAACCUGGAAGACAGAAUCAUCUGCAUAUGCAGCGGCACAGACCUGGUCAACCUGAGCUUCAUGUACAUGGUCAUGCAAAACCCCAGCACUGCUAAGGUAACACAACCAUUCUCAGAGCACUGGAGGAAAACAUGCAACCGUCAUUGCUUUGGAUUGAUCUGUCCAUUCAAAGAGUUUUGUUCCAGCAUUGCUGUUUUGUUGUAUAACUAUAACUAUAAACUAUACAUUUUAGUGGUCUAAAAUGGGCGUAAGAGGACCUGUCUUGAAUUUGACUCC